AUGCAUCAGUCGACACAUAUAUCAUUGUAUGAUGAUGAAGACGAUCUGGAAUUACACGAUGUUACAAAAGAACUUGAGAAUUUAAAGGCUGUAUUUUCGCGUUAUGAUAAUCAUGCUGUAAAACUUCAAAAUGAACUAGAAUUAGUACGUGAAGACCUUUAUGGAUUAAUUCAUGCCAGAGGGACUAAACCAGACAAUGAAGACAAUGUAAAACCUAAUGAAAUUAAAUUAACUCAGGAGAAUUUACUAGAAGACUGCAAGAAAAAUGACAAGACAACGGCUGAAAAAUGUGUACAAACCGAUUUGGCGGAACCUUCAUCAAUUGAAACAAGUCAAAUUAAACCAAUGACAUUGGAUAAGUUUACUCAUGGUGUUUUAGAAAUUGCCUUCCAACUGCAUGAAAAGUUAUCUGAAUGUCAUGGUCGUCGUCGAUUAGAAAUUAUACAUCAUGAAAAACAUACCAGUGAAUUAAGUAGAACUCAUCUGGAAGCGCUGAAGCGAGUACAAGAAAAGCAACAGAAGAAUUUAACUGAAUUUAAAUAUCGUAUUCAAAGAGCUACACAACAAGAAUUAGGUGUGCUAAGAGAGGAGAGAGAAAAGCUUUUGAGUCAGUAG